AUGCAAGCUGUGAUACUUGUGCUGCUGGCAGCCCUGCUCGGCGCCGCUGCGCGUGCUGCCACUGCUGACCAGCGUCUGUGCUCAAAAGUGGAUGCUGCGUCCCUCGCCCAGGCGGCCGCAGCGGCGCUCAUCGGCGACGCGCGCCUGACCGCAUCAGAUGCCAAGUUUUCUGGCUCUUGUGAUGCCCUGGGCCUCUCGCCCCUCAACAACACCAGCCCUGGCGGCGGCGCCGCCGGCCUUGAGCCGCCGUUCAGCGGCCCCGCUGUCGUCCUCUCCAUCGGCGCUGCGGGCCGCGUCGGCCGCGGCCGCACGACAGCGGCGCGCCUGCCGAGCCCUGGAGCCACUGCCAUCGACGGCUUCGACACCGCAUCUCUCGAGUUCCUGGUUCACGUAGCGCCUGCGGCCACCGCUGGCCUUGAGCUGCUGCAGUUGUCGUUGCAAUUUGCGUUCGCAACCCAAGAGGGCGCCCGCCCCGUUGCGGCGCCCUGGAGGGGACGCCCCCGCCCGGACACGGCGGCCAUUGUCAUCCUUCCAACCGAAGGAAACGCCUCUGCAGCGCCGGCCCACCGAGCAGCAGGCGCAGCAGCCGCUGGCCACGCCAACGUCGCGUUUCUGCCCAGCGGCGCGGCAGUCGAUGCGAGCGCUGUGCUCGCGCAACGCCGGGCAAGCAGUGAUCAGGCUCUGGUGCACGACAGCAACGGCUGGGUGAUCACAACU